AACAAUUUUCAGAUGAGUCUCACGCAGAAGCAAUGAAGAAACGCGGCAAUCACGAGAACAGGGCUGGGAAAGGUCGACAAAACGAAACGAAACCUGCAGAAGAUAAAAAGAACGAGAAAAAUGCCGAGCAAGAGAUAGCUUUGAACGAUGACACCCACAACCAAGGAUUCAGCGAGUGGCUGAGAUCCAGCGAUGGCAUUGAAAUGAUGCGACUCUUCGUCAUCGCCAAUUCGGUUUUAGUCUUCGUGACUAUGGGAUGGCCAAAAAUGCAAGAAGCUAUUGCUGUUGUCAAAGACUAUUUUUACGAGGAAGAAUAAACGCAAUUGG